ACCCUCUGCUUGUGCAGUAAAUACCAAUGACAACAGACAACAUGCAGUCACUCUGUCAGUUCAGUCAGGCUGCAGCCCCCUCUGCCCAUCCGCCCACCCCACGACAAGCCACAGUGCUCAGGAGUGCCAAAACCACACAGGUCGUUCUGCCUAGUCCGACCCUCUUGACUCUUACCUUUCUGACUUCUUACACUGCGGGGAGAGGCAGAGCUUAAGACUCCCUCCUGAGGGACCUUCAGGACAGGGGCAGCCAUGUCACAAUUCUCCACCAUGACGACCAGGGAGAGGCAAAUGCAGGCCGCAGCAAUCUGCAGGGAGGUUCAAGCCCUGGAAGAUGUAGAGAUGGAUCUUGGGAAGAAAGUGAACAUGCCUAAGGACAUCAUGCUGGAGGAGCUAUCCUUGGCCUCGAAUCGGGGCUCUCGUCUCUUCAAAAUGCGCCAGAGACGCUCAGAAAAGUACACAUUUGAGAGCAUCCAGAUUAAAAACAACAAGCCUCUCAAUGACACAAUGGUCUCUCAAAUUGAAAACGGGAAUGCAGGAGACUGUCCCGUUGCUGAGAACAACUUGGAAGCAGAACAAACACCACCAGAUUCAAGAGUAGAGCCAAAUCCUGAAAGUAUCGCCCCUGGGUAUGGAAGUCCUUUGAAAGAAAUCCCUCCAGAGAAGUUUAACAGCACAGCUGUGCCAAAGUCCUACCACUCACCCUGGGAGCAAGCCAUCAUCAGCGACCCAGCCUUGGCUGACACUAUCGUCACCUGCAUGCCUGCGCCUGAGCCGCGACCAGACCUACCAGGGUACAAAAGUUUCAACAGGGUGGCAACUCCGUUUGGUGGCUUCAACAAAGGACCCAAACCUGCUUCCAUCAAGCCUUUAAAGUUGGAACCCCUUCCCGACCAGCCCGAGCUCCAGGCAGACACAGACGUCAAUCGACCCUCCUUUAACAGAUCUGCUCUGGGGUGGGUGUCAGCGGGAGAUCCAGUCUCUCUCCCAACUGUUUCUGUUGAGCCUGUGCUCAUCCCUGAGUCAGAUGACCUAUAGACCUCUAACAAGGUCAUUGGGAGAUGAUGUCUACUAGUUUGACAACAGGGAGAUGAUGUCUACUAGUUUGUUAAGACAACAGAGGUUACACUGAGAGAGGUGGUUUCAGUCAGAGCAAAGCCAGGGGCACAGAAAGGGUCCCGUCUGGCCUUGCAGGUUCAAGUUAAAAUGUUUGCAGAUGAUUCUUUAGUUUUCAGGGAUGUUAAGUUUUGCACUGAAUGAUCACCCUGUACAGAAGGCAGUCACACCAAUGGAAGAAAUGGAAUUUGAUGUAUAUUAAUGUGCAUAAUAAUAUUUUAUCUCGCAGCACCAAUGUUUUUGCCAAAUAAAAUGGUGUGGAUUGCACAAUG